CGGACCCGCCAGUCAGAACGGGGAGAGCAUUUCCGUUCCUUAAUGCUAAAUGUUCGGGCUUGCGUCUGAGGGAGGCUCUAGUGGUUCCGUGUCCUGAUCUGUGACCCGCUUUCGGGAGCUGUGAGGAGAGCGGGGCGAUUCGGGAUCCACGCCAUGGAUGCAGUGACCUAUGAGGAUGUGCAUGUGAACUUCUCUCAAGAAGAGUGGGCAUUGCUGGAUCCUUCUCAGAAGAGUCUCUACAAGGAUGUGAUGCUGGAGACCUACUGGAACCUCACUGCUAUAGGCUACAAAUGGGAAGACCACAAUAUUGAAGAAUAUUGUCAAAGUUCUAGAGGACAUGGAAGAUGUAUCAGCUGUCCCUCUGGAUAUGGAAAGAAGCAGUGUACUGGUCUCUUUCCUAGACCAAUUAGAAGAUAUGUAGUCAUCCCUUUUGUGAAAAGAGGAGGUGAAUGGGAUACAAGUUUACAAGUACUUGGUUUUCCAGCUUCAGUGGGAAUAUAUCAAAAUACUGACAUUGGAGAAAAGCCCUAUGAGUACAAGGAAAGUGGAAAAUCUUCUUUCUGUCCUGAUUUACUUUGCACAUGUGGUGUGACUCACACUACAGGAAAAUGUUAUGAAUGCAAUCAGUGUGGUAAAGCUCUGAGUUCUUCCAGUUCUCUUCAGAGACAUGACCAAACUCAUGUGGGAAACGGAAGUGAUAAACGUGAAACAAGCAGUAAAAGCUUAACCCAUCACAGGCAUCUUCAAAUCCAGAAGACAGCCUGUGAUGACAAGGACCUCUGUGAGUGGAAUCAAUGUGGUAAACCCUCUUUACAAUUACACCAAAGAACUCAUUUGGAAAUGAAAUGCUGUGAAUAUAAUCAAGAAGAUAAACUCAUUACACAUCAGAAUUGUAAUCAAGAAGGUAGAAGUAAUACUAGAGACCCAAAGCGUGACUAUCAUCAAUGGGGUAAAGCCUUUGCAUGUCCCAGUUAUCUUCAAAUCCAUGAAAGAAUUCAUAUUGGAGAGAAUCCAUAUGAAUGUAUUCACUGUGGUAGAACCUUUACAUGUCACAGUACUCUUCAAAUGCAUGAAAGAAUUCAUACUGGAGAGAAACCCUAUAAAUGUAACCAAUGUGGUAAAACCUUUGCAUGUAAGAGGUAUCUUCAAAUCCAUGAGAGAAUUCAUACUGGCGAGAAACCCUAUAAAUGUAAUCAAUGUGGUAAAGCCUUUGCUUGUAACAGUUAUCUUCUAAUUCAUGAAAGAAUUCAUACUGGUGAGAAACCCUUUAAAUGUAAUCAGUGUGGUAAAGCCUUUGCAUGUAACAGUUAUCUUCAAAUGCAUGAAAGAAUUCAUACUGGCGAGAAGCCCUAUAAAUGUAAUCAGUGUGGUAAAGCCUUUGCAUGUAACAGUAAUCUUCAAAAGCAUGAGAGAACACAUACCGGAGAGAAACCCUAUAAAUGUAAUCAGUGUGGUAAAGCCUUUACAUGUCACAGUACUCUUCAAAUCCAUGAGAGAAUUCAUACUGGAGAGAAACCCUAUAAAUGUAACCAAUGUGCUAAAGCCUUUGCACGUAAAAGAUAUCUUCAAAUCCAUGAGAGAAUUCAUACUGGAGAGAAACCCUAUGAAUGUAAUCAAUGUGGUAAAGCCUUUGCAUAUAGCAGUAGUCUUAACAAGCAUGAAAGAACUCAUACUGGAGAGAAACCUUUUGAAUGUAAUCAACGUGGUAAUCCUAAACAAGCCUUUGCAUGUCUCAGUAGCCUUCAAAAGCAUGAAGGAAUUCAUACUGAAAAAAGUUCCCGGGUUGGGGAUUUAGCUCAGUGGUAGAGCACUUGCACAAGCGCAAGGCCCUGGAUUCGGUCCUCGGCUCCAAAAAAAAGGAAAAAAAAAAAAAAAAAAAAGAAAAAAAUUCCCCAGAAAUAUCUAAGAAAUAUCUAAGAAAUGUAUCUAAGAAAUAAGGUGUAGCCUUGCAUACUGUAUUCAUUUUCCCAUCUGAGUUUUCUUAGUGGUGUUUGAUUAAGAUUAGUAGAACCAUUUCUUCAUUAAAAUACUGUCUCCUUUUCAAAUUUUAGACAUAUUGUCACUCCAAAAUUUAGGAAUACCAGACAAUUUGAAUAAUAAAAUCUAUUUGUGAAUGAAA